AGUAAAAUUAAAAACGUUGAAUGCCACGUCAUUUUUAUUCUCAUUCAAUCAAAUAAUGAUGGAGCAACGCAAAAUAAAAAUGUUACACGGCAAGUGAGAGAUUUUUAAAUUCAAUAUAUAAUAUAUUAAAAAAUAAAUUAAAAAAUACCGACAUCCACAGCAAAAUGACACGGGACGAAUUCGUAUUUAUAUAUUAAAGUUAUUCAAGUACCAUCCACAAAUGCCUCUUUAAAUAGCUACAUUGUUGAGUUUCUCUCAUAAGUGAGAGAACUUUCAUUUCCACAACCAUCUCCGCCACCGCCUCAGCUGGCAUCACUACCACCACCGCAACCACUCGCUAGCAACUGAUUUCCACAACCAUCUAAAAUGCCUCCUCUAAAAGAAGGUGAUUAUCAACCAAUACUAGAAAACAACCCACCACCUCUAUCUGCCCAUUCAUCAGAGAGAAACAUCGAAUCAAGCAAUCAGCUAGAGAGCAUACUCUCCGACACAACCUUACCGUACUUGCAGCGUCUCCGACCGGCCGUAUGGAUCGAAAUCAAGUUCCUCUUCCACCUCGCUGCCCCUGCUGUCAUCGUUUACAUGAUUAACUAUCUCAUGUCCAUGUCCACUCAGAUCUUCGCCGGCCACCUCGGAAAUCUUGAGCUCGCCGCCUCCUCCCUCGGCAACAAUGGCGUCCAAGUCUUCGCUUACGGUCUCAUGCUAGGUAUGGGAAGUGCAGUGGAGACUCUAUGUGGACAGGCAUAUGGAGCCCACAGAAAGGAAAUGCUAGGCAUUUAUCUCCAAAGAUCAACAAUCCUCCUAACUGCAACUGGUGUCCUACUAACUUUGCUCUACAUUUUCUCCAAGCCCCUCUUGAUAUUAAUUGGCCAGGCACCGGACAUUGCAUCGGCCUCGGCCUUGUACAUCUACGGCCUCAUUCCCCAAUUAUUCGCAUAUGCCAUAAACUUCCCGAUACAGAAAUUUCUACAAGCUCAGAGCAUAGUGGCACCAAGUGCAUACAUAUCAGCUGCCACAAUAGUUCUACAUCUCCUAUUGAGUUGGCUUGUGGUGUACAAGAUUGGGCUUGGGUUGUUGGGCUCAUCACUGGUGUUGAGCUUGUCGUGGUGGGUUGUUGUGGUGGGCCAGUUUGUAUAUAUAGUGAAGAGCGAGAAGUGUAAGUAUACAUGGACUGGGUUUAGUGUACAGGCCUUCUCUGGGCUUUGGAGCUUCUUUAAAUUGUCGGCUGCAUCGGCUGUGAUGCUGUGCUUGGAGACGUGGUACUUUCAGAUUCUGGUCUUGCUGGCUGGUUUGCUCGAGAAUCCUGAGGUCGCUUUGGAUUCCAUUGCUAUUUGCAAUACUAUUUCGGGAUGGGUAUUUAUGAUCUCAGUUGGGUUCAAUGCAGCUGCAAGCGUGAGAGUGAGCAAUGAGCUUGGAGCUGGACAUCCAAAGUCAGCUGCAUUUUCUGUGGUAGCGGUGAAUUUGAUCUCUUUUAUCGUCUCUGUGAUCGCGGCAAUAACUGUGCUCUCACUGCGCGAUGUAAUCAGCUAUGCCUUCACAGAAGGUGAAGUCGUGGCUAAAGCUGUCUCCGAUCUCUGUCCACUUCUAAGCAUUACUCUCAUUCUCAAUGGAAUCCAACCCGUCUUGUCCGGUGUGGCGGUUGGAUGCGGAUGGCAAGCUUUUGUUGCAUACGUGAACGUGGGCUGUUACUAUGUGGUUGGCGUCCCAUUGGGUGCAUUACUUGGUUUCUACUUCAAUCUCGGUACUAAGGGAAUAUGGUCGGGGAUGAUAGGCGGCACACUGAUGCAGACCCUCAUAUUGAUAUGGGCAACUUAUCGGACAGAUUGGAACAAAGAGGUGGAAGAAGCUAAGAAGAGGUUGAAUAAGUGGGAUGAUGACAAGAAAAAGCCGCUUUUGGAGGGCUAAAAGAAAGCUUCCAUGGGCGAAAGUAUGCCUGCAUUAAUCAUGGACAUGCCAACGGAACCAAGAUCCUCUGCUGUACAAUAACUCUGGAAUGUGAUUGAAACAACGGAUCAUUGGUGGCCUUGGGAACAAAAGGUGGAACGGUCAAGUCUCCGUAAGAAUAAACGAGCACUAUGUAUUAUAUAACAAAAGAUUUUUUUAUUUUUUUUUGAUAAAUAAGCGAGCACUAUGGCAUUGGAGGAGGAAAAUCCUUCGAAAACCUAUUUGUGUGGGCCUUUUUGUUUAGAAUUAAAUGUGACGGACAAAGAAAACUAUGUUUAAGCUGGAUAAGUGGAAAAAUAGAGUUGGAAAUCUUGAGCUACAA